UAGAUGUUUGACUUGUUUACAGUUUAAAGGCAUUGCAGCAGUGACAUCUCAAUAUAUAAGGAAGUGGUUUAACUCUCCUGUAUGCACUUCGUCCGUCUGCAUUCAGAGCGUUCAACCGUCAGCAGACUUGUUAGAACUGCAUCACAGCUUCAUUAUGACAAAAUGGGGAUGGACACCAUGGAUGUUUCUCUACUUUACUGCUCCAGGCGUCCUCUCGCUGGUCACUGUUCACCAGCCGCCCAUCCUCGCCGCCGCUCUGGGUCAAGACGUCAUCAUGCCCUGCGAGCUCCAGCUCUCCCAUGAUGAGGACUUGGAGUACAAACCAGUCCUGUACUGGGACCAUUUACUACAUAACAGCAGUAACAAACUGUGGGCUCCCUCUGAGAUGUACAAGGGACGUGUCCAGCUUCUGGACGACAGCAGGGUUUCUUGGAACAAGUCCAUAGUUCUGCAGAAAGUCCAGUGGGCCGACAGUGGACGGUACCAGUGCAAACUGUCUGUCACCCCAAAGAGGAAAAAGAGUUUCAGGAUAAAAGGAAACCUAACAUCACUCAUGGUUUAUGACUCCAUGCUGUUUAAACCGACCAACCUCAACGCCUCGCUCCUGCACUGUGAGGUCAAGGUGACGCAGGAUGACGGCUUCGCUCUGUCCAUCCUUCAUAACGGCUGCAGCCUCCACAGUGUGAUCUCAGCUGCAGGAGACGGUGUCUCAGCUCAGCCGUACGUCACACUUUCUGAAACCAUCCCUGUGCAGGCUGGAGGAAAAUAUGAGUGUCAGCUGCGUCUGAAGGAGGAUCUGAUAAUGAAGAGCAUCUUCCACAGCGACCUGCCCGGUGCUGAGACGAAUGUGACCGCAUGUUCACCAGUUAUCCCUGUGUCGGAUGUGCCAGAUGUGCCGGAGUUCCCCGAGCCGUGGCUGCUGUACGUGGCCCUCCUACUGGUGCCCGUCACCGUCCUGCUCACCCUCGCCACCGCCCUGCUGCUGAGGAGAUGAGUCACAACGAGGACGAAAUGAACGAGAGGAGAAGCAGCGCUGCAUCCUGCAAUGGCGAUGUGGCUUCAUUUUCACACACUGGGACACAAGCAGUGCUCCACAAAGACACACAGAAGAUCACACAGAGGGUAAAUGACCAAAAUGUGACACAAAAUGAUGAAAAAAAAACAA